ACUCCGGAAGCGUCUUCCAGUUUAUGGUUACUUUCAGUUUCUCUGUGCAAUGUAGGUUAUCCCGUCCUCACGUGACUCACUGUACAAAUAGAAAAUCUGAAUUUAUCACCAGAUAACACAACACACUUGAAAGUCUAAGCACAUUGUCCGUCCUGCUGCACUUUAUAUGCAUCUCACGUGGUUUAGAUUUCACAAUGUCUGAUACUCAAUUUCCAUACAAGAUUGAACUGCAUGUUCAUCUGGACGGAGCAAUUCGAACGGAAACGAUAAUACAAACAGCAAAGCAAACAAUCCUAGAACUGACAGAUGUAGUCAGGAACUGCAUUCAACACCCUACCUCCAGAUCGUGUGCGAUUCCUUCUCACAUACAAAUGUUGACAACUUUACGAUUUCUAGCAAAGGGAGAUUAUCUAUCAGAAGUAGCAGAUAGUCAUGGCAUUUCCAUAGCUUCAGCAUCAAGAAUUGUGCACAGAGUCUGUUCCACUUUAUGUCUGAGACUAGGGAAUAUAAAUUUCCCCACUUCAGUGCCAGAGCUCGUCCGCAUUAAGGAAGGGUUUCAUAAAAUUGCGAAUUUUCCCAAAGUGGUCGGAGCCAUCGAUGGAACCCUGAUUCCCAUUCAAGGGAUGGCAGGUGAUGAGGAGCCCACAUUCAUCUGUAGGAAGGGAUUCCAUGCCAUCAACGUGCAGGCCGUUGUGGAUGCAAAUCUCAGCUUUACAAACAUAGUGGUGAGAUGGCCUGGAUCCACACAUGACUCCUUCAUCCUAACAAAUUCCUCUCUCCCAAACAUUAUGGAAGGAACUGAUGGAUGGCUGUUGGGGGAUUCUGGGUACCCUUUGAAGAAGUGGCUUCUGACACCUUUUGCUCAGCCAUCAAAUCAGCAGGAGCAGAGGUACAACCGUGCCCACUGUUCCACUAGAAAUACAGUGGAGAGAGCUUCUGGUGUACUCAAGAGCAGGUUUAGAUGUAUGCACAAGACUUGUGGGACUUUACAAUUUGGUUCGGAGAAAUGCAUCAAAAUCAUUGAAUGCUGCUUUCGGCUCCACAACAAGGCUAUCCUCGACAAAAUACCCCUGCAAGCCACAAAUGAGGCAGCUGUGCCAGUGUUUCACCACCAUGCAGCAUAUCAAGGAAAUGACAAUGAUGGUCUCACUUUGAGACAUAGGAUAACACAGAGAUUUUAAUCUUGCAAGUUCUUAAUGUUGUAUUUGGAUUAAAUUUCCAAAAGUAAAUUUCUAUAAGUAUCAUAAACCAAAAUAUUUGUUCUCUUUGUAUAGUUUUUACAUCCGAUUCAUAAUUUCAUGUGCAUCUUCAGUGUAUAUAAUUUACUCCUUUUUGGCAUUGUUUUAAAGUAACACAAAAUUGAGUUGAAGGAACGAGAACAGCAAACUUUAUUAUUUUACUGAUAUCAAUAAUACCAUUAUGUUGAAAGUAAUAUGUUUCCAGAACCUUCUCUCUCUCUCUCUCUCUCUCUCUCUCUCUCUCUCUUUACAUGUUUGAUUAAUAUUUCAGGUUUUCACAUUGAUUUCAAUUAGAUUGGGGUCAGUUUACGCUUUAUAAUACGGAACUUUCGGGAUAUUCCGGAACGACCGAUUAUAUUUGACGUUUAUACACCACGGUCACGUGAUAAUAACCAAUUGUAGGGCAAAGUUGACAUCAAUACAUAUGGUGUUUCGCUAACAGACGGUCCGUAAAGAGUUAUGCGCAGUCCCACGAUGACGAUCCAAGUCAUUAUUGGUGCUUAGUACCUGGGUGUAAAUUAGAUGGAAGGGAAAAGGCGCAUUUAGACGCGUACCAUUGGAUGCAAGGCGUGAAGUUUUACCGAUAUCCUCAAGAUAUUCCCUAGAUUUAUUUCCCACGCCGACUCGCAUAAUUUAAUCAAUUGUAUUUUCCUAUAAAAUGGUUGUAGUGAUUCGUUUCUUUCAAAGAUAGCAUUUAAAUGCAGGAAAUUGAUAGCAAUUGGAAUAUUCCAUGUUUGUUUACUUAGUUGUUAUUGUAAUCCGGAAGUGACAUGCCCUACAAUUACGCAUUCUCUCACCAGAGGGCGCGCUACGCAAGCUUCACUUUCACCUCUGUUAUCGUCUGAUAAAUAGUUCGGCUAAGCACAUGAUCUCGCACGGACAAAAUAGCGUCUUUGACUCCAACAGAAAGACACGUUUAUGUUCUUUGUGUAAUGUCAGAUUUUCAUCAUUAUAAUCUCGCUAGUUUUUCUAAUGUAAUUUUAUGUAGAGUCCAUAGUUACGAAGUAAAAGUGAAAUUAAUACAUUUGACAAGACUAAAUAGUUCCAUAAAUAUGGAGGUUACACUAACGUAAUACAGCGUUUCGAUACCUACCAAUUUGUUUUUAACUCAUAAAUUUAUGUUUUAUUUAUGAAAAUGAUGCAGAUUUAUUUUAUUUUCAAAGACACUGUUUUACAAAAUUCUUGUAAAUCAGACGAUAACAGAGGUGUUGUGGAGCGUAGCGUAACGCCCUCUGGUGAGAGAUUGACAAUUACGUUCAACGCGCGAUAAAAGUCAGAGUGGAUCCGUAUCUCGAAAGUCCCGUAUCCGCGAAGCGGAUUAUAAAAAAGCGUAAACUGACCCAAACCAGGUUAUACUCGUAUAACUUGCCCCAAAAUUAAAGUCAUUUCUUAUAAUUUAAUGCAGGAGACAAAGAUACUAACCUUUGUUUAUCAAAAUGUACAUAAACUCGGAAAAAUACAAGUCAACUGAGCCGCGCAAUGAUUCACUUAGCAACAACGACGAAGCGUCUAUAUACUCUGUUAAAGGACACAACGCAUGUUUCUAAACUUUUUCAUUUUUUCAGCAAAAUUAACUCUUUUUAUGCCUAAAACUACUUUAAAUGUGUUUUAAAUGAAAUAUUUUGCGUAGUUUUCGAGUUUGAAAGCGAUGAAAUUCAAAUCUUGUGAUAUGCAUAUUUUCUUUCGCUAGUUUACGCGCCAUUUUGUGUGACGUCAUAUGCGCCCUCGGGUUUGAAAACAUCUAUUAGCCAUUUCAUAAACAGAUUAGAUUUAAUCGACAAAAAACCAAUUGUCACGUUAACGGCUUGUAAAUAAUAAUGCAUUAAGAUGUUUUGUGCCGUGGUCAGGUGUACUAGUUGUCGGUAGAAAGGAUUUAGACUGAGUAUUUUUCAAUUUUUCGAAGGAAGGUACGAGAGAAAAGAUGUGGAUACUUUUUUUGUUGGAGGAAGAACUUUACCUUAAAAAACACACCCAGUCACCUUUUCAAACAUCACUUGGACAGAGACCCUGAAAAUGGAUAUAUCGAAGCUAUAAGCACUGGUAGGCCUAUAGCAUACAUUCUGUUUUGCUCUUCAAAUUCAAUACACACUCGGAUCAACUGACCUUCACCUUGUAACAACAUAUAUCGACGAUACAAUGUAACUUCUACUAACUGGUAGAUUUACAACAACAAAAAAUAAAGAUACAAAAUAAUUGAACUUUAAAUUAUACAAAUAAUAAAAUAUUGUAUUUCCUAACUUUAAAUUGAAUUAUAAAAUUAUUUCUUUACUGAACUCGUAGCAUCUUGAGUGCGUCAGUAGGCUAUAACGAUGUGCUCCCACUUCGUACUUCCUAAAGACGUGCAGAUCACAAUUCAAAAAUAGUAAUAAGAUUGCUUUAUCAAAAUAAAAUAAUGUGAUUACCACUUUAAAUUUUAAUAUUUUUAUUGAUUUGUGUGUGUGUUGUCUUUUUCUUUCUUUCCGAAAUGCACGCGUGACAAUAGCUUGGCAUAGGGCCUAGUUGUCAACAAUUUAACGUAUCAUAAUUUGUCUAAUCCAAAAAUAAAUAAUGAUUGCACUGUUUAUUUUAGAAAAACAGCGCCAAUUACAGAUGUAUAAAGGAAUAACAUCCCCAAACAAUUUGUAGACAGCGACCCAUAUAAACAUUAUUUACUCACAAUUUUGCCGAUUUCAUACACGCUUUACUCGCUAUAUUUGGGUAUUUACAUCGUUAUAUGUGUGCACUGGUGGCGAACACAUAUAAAACUCGGACAAUUUAUCACAUCGAUUUAAAUGUUGCCCAUGGUAAAUUAAUUAGGCCCCUAAAAGUUGAGUUUUUAAUAAUAUCUCGUAGUACUUUCACAAUCCGAAGGGCGCAUGUGACGUCACUGUACCACGUGACUACCUACCUAAUUAACUUGACUUUUUGAAAUCGGGGCUUAGAUUUAAGUCUGUAUUGUGGUUAAUUAUCACAAAAUUUCGGCGAACGAACUAUUAGAAUCAAUUACUAUAAGCAUAAAGAAGACAAAAUGCAUGUAAUAUUGUAUACUUUGAAAACACGAGAUAUGUCCUUUAAGGUCGCCAUCUUAACUCGUUGUCAAUUUGUCUUAGUUCAACAGAGCCUAGCAUAUUUAUUAAAUUAUUGUAUCGAAGUUGAAGUUUGUCAUGACAGACAAUAUGUGUAGACUAUGCAUGCAAUGCGUAUUUCGCUGCCCAUAAGACAUCGACUUUGAAGUCGCUCACCUCUGACAGAUUGAGAAAAUACGGGAAAUUGCAUUGUUUAGGCCUAAAUCUACCCAAAGUAAGUCUUCAAAUAUCAGAAAAUGCAAUAAUUUGCGGCUUUUAAUUCUGUGAAAAUUUCUACUACAUGGAA